AUGAACAGCUUUGCCGUGUUUCUGGCGAUCGCCUCUUUGGCGGCUGUGGCCGUCGCUGAGCCACCAUCCCCGUACAGCUACAACCGGCCUUCUGGUGGCCAUGGAGGUGGCUACAGCCAAGGAGGCAGCAGUGGCGGUUAUAGCCAUGGAGGUAGCAGCGGUGGUGGUGGUUACAGCCAUGGAGGUGGCGGAUACUCGAAUGGAGGAGGAUACGCACCGAGCGUCAGCAGUUUCUCGAGUUCGUCCUCCUUCACGACCGGCGGUGGCGGUUAUCAGGCCGUUCCGGCCGGCGUUCAGACCUCCGAGGGUUUGAACGUUGACCCGCAGCUGUUGAACGAGAUCCGUCAGAUUCUGCUGCGUGAGGAAAGCCAAUCGUCCUCCUCGUCCGGUGGUUUCGGAGGAUAUCCGUCGGCUCCGUCGAGCAGCUACGGUGCUCCAUCGGGUUCGUAUGGACCGCCUUCGUCGCAGUAUGGUGCUCCUGCCGGUGGAUAUUCGACCCGUGUCGUUGGCAUUGACCUCGAAGGAGUUAAGCAGGCGAUCCAGGUGGCACAGUUCCUGCAGAGUUCGUCCGCUUCGGUCCCGUCUGGCUCGUACGGUGCCCCAUCGGCUCCGUCUGGCUCGUACGGUGCUCCAUCGGCACCGUCCGGUUCGUACGGUGCUCCGUCGCGUCCGUCCAGCACGUACGGUGCUCCUUUCUAA